CGUCGGAAAGACCGUAUGAUUCGACCCGAUGGUCUCCUUUUGCCGUCCUGCCCACUAUUUCGCUUGUAGAAUCAGUAGAAACUAGAGGCUCUGAGAGUCUCUGCUCUGCGAAACCCUAGCUAAGCAAUCUCUCUCACUCUGAGGUAUAGCCAUGGGGAUUCUCUCUUGGUGGAGAGGCAAAGAGGCUCCCACGGCGAACACCAAACCAAAAUCCACUUCAAAAUCUGAAAAUCCGGCAGAGAAAUUAGAAACACCAGGAAUGAACGGAGCAAUGGAGGUUCCUCGACCGUCUGAUGUCACUGUUUUCGAGUUCGGUUCCGCCGCAGUUUCCGCGGAUAAGGUGACGCUUGCAGGGUAUUGCCCUGUCUCCGAAGAACUCGAGCCGUGCCGUUGGGAAAUCUUGCCUGCUACUGGCUCUAAUGCUCCUCAGUUUCGGGUAGUUUUCUGAUAAUUUUGUAUACUAAUUAGUUUAUCUAUAUGGAAAAAUGUAAUGGAUGAACAUGGAACUUUAGAAGGUCAGAAUUUUGAAAAAAAGGAAUUGCUGUGUUUGAUUUUCUUUUUGAAA